AUGAAUGAAAGAAAAACACAAGACAUUGAAGAAAUUGAAAUAAUUGAUGAUAAUGAGAUAGAGAUACAUGAUGAUAUGAGUGACCAAGAAUGGAUAUCUGCUGUUCUCAAUCAUCCUGUCUUUGGUAAUUCUAAAACCCCAGAAGUAGUUUGUGUUGGUUCUAUAGAUCCAGAGAGACGAAAGUUAGAAGGAAUUAAACUUUUUGGUGACACAAAAAUACCUGAGACAAGUAAACAAGAAGAAAUAAAAUUAGGAGAAAAUUCAACAUGUCUUUUGGUCGAUGUUCCUUUAACAUCAGAUAUCAGAAAAAGCAAAACAUUUUAUGGGGUGGAUGAAAUGAAACAAGUUACUGGAAUACAAGAUGAUGAACAAGAAGCAAUUCAAUCACUUGAUAAAAAGGAAAAUGUUAGUAUUGAUGGACAAAAAAAUGUUAACACAACUGAAGAAAAAAGUGUGCAUGUAGAAGAAGAGGAACUUCCAUUUAGUCAAAGAAUUACUCUUUGUGAUGACGGAAUAAAAACAUAUUAUAAUAAAAACAAUAAUCAAUUUGAAGAAGUUCAUGACUUUAUUGAAAUAGAAGCACGUUCUCAACGUUAUUGUAAAGAAGAAUUAUCUGCUACAGAAAAAGAAAGCACGCAAGGAUUGACUUCUCUAGCAUUUGACAAUAAAUCAUCUAUUCUGCUUCAUUCAAUCUUCAAUCAUCCAAAAAAUAAUUUUUUAUCUCAAAGCAUUUGUAUUAAUAAGAUUGAUAAAGACGAUGAACAGCAGCCAAUCAUAUCCCAAAGAAUUAUAAAUCAUUUGGAAAAGAAAGAUGUCCAACAACAAUGUAUUAUUUCAUUAGAAAAUGAAAGUAAACCAAACGAGUCUGAUCUUCUCAAAAGAAAAUUAGAAAUACUUGAAUGGUUUAAUAAAGAAUUGGCAUUACUAAUCAAUGAAAAGGAAAGAAGACUUAGACAGUUGGAAAUAGAAUCAUUUCUCAGUCCAAUCCCAUCACAACCAAUUUCAAAAACAACUUCAUUUAAUGUAAACGAACAGAAAAAUAAAACAAAAAACGAUAUCAUUCAUAUCACACAACUUACUACACCAAUAAAAGAUGUUAAUGAAAAACCAAUUAAUAAUGAUUAUGGAAAACAAAAAGAAGAAACAAAACCAAAGAAAAAGAAUGGAAAGAAAUGGAAACACUUCAAAGAAGAACAAGAAAUCACAGAAUGGUUUAAGAGUCAACCUAUUUAUGAAGACAUUUUAAUGUAUAAUGCUAUCGAUAUUGAUGACUGUAUUUAUUUAUUUAAAACAGCAGGGUAUUUGGUUACAAAAAAAUUUCUUAAAGGAUACUUUGAAAAGAAUGGAGUAAAUUAUUAUGACGCUGCAAGAGAAAAUGCGAACAAAAGAGGAGCUGGAAAUUUCUAA